AUCUGGGCUGGCAUCGCUUCGAAGAAACCGAGAGACAUUUUUUUUUUUUGGAGGAUCAUCAAAUUCAAACAUCAUUUCUCCGGCAAAUUCGCCGUCGGAAUUAUCUCAGAGAGGGAUUGAGCUGCGAAGGUAAACGUUUCCUGGGCUUGUAUUCGUGUGUACGCUCAUCAAUUUUAUUCUCGUGUUCGCUUUUUCUUUUGUGGUUGCAAUUUUUAUCCUUCGUUGUUGAAAUUGGCUAUCUAGUGGUGUGUGUAGUACUGUUUUCCCCAAUUACUUCAAAGGAAUCGAGUAGAAGCAUCAAGGCUUUCAUCUAAUUUUAUGAAUAAUUGGACCUGUGAAGUUGACGUCUUCUCUAGUUCUUCAUUUAGUUGUUUGGUGAUUUUUGUCUCUAAAUGUCGAGUAGCUCGGGGAGUUUCUCGGGAAGCAGUAGCUCGGCGUGUAGUUCCAGAAGUGAUUGUGAGAACUCGUUUGAUGUUGAAGAUCUUUUGCAGAUUGGGACUACACGCAGGGAGCUAAGGAAACAAAAGGACUUGCUGAGAGAAUCACAGCCCCAUAGUAUUGAACUAGUCAGAAGGUUGGAACUUCACACGAAGUCAUUAUCUGAAUCUCGCUUAGAAGACACAGCAAGAAUUCAGAUGAUGGAGAAAGAAUUAUUGAAUUGCUAUAAGGAAAUUGAUUACUUGCGGGAUCAACUAAUUUUCAGAAGCAAGGAAGUGAAUUAUCUCAAUGAACAUCUGCACGAUCUUGAGUUCAAAUUGGCUGAAUCAAGGAAUCUGGAAGAAGAAGUUAACUCUUUAAGAGAUGAGUUGUGUAUGUCUAAAUCCGAGCAUUUGUUGUUGUUGCAAGAACUCGAGAGCAAGGAAAUAGAACUACAGUGUUCGUCUCUUACAUUGGAGAAACUGGAAGAGACCAUCUCGUCCUUAACAUUAGAGUCCUUGUGCGAAAUAGAAAGCAUGAAGCUUGAUAUAACAGCGUUGGAGCAAGCACUCUUUGACGCUAUGAAAAUCCAAGAAGAAAGCAUCCAAGAAAAAGAUCAAUUAAAAGGAAUAAUCGAAGAGUCCCAGUUUCAGUCUCAAAGGGCAAAAGAGAAUGUCAAGUACAUCGAAAAGCAAAACGAAGACCUGAGGGAGAAAUUUACUGCCUCUGAAAAGAGUAUCAAAGAUUUCUUUCAAAGUACUAAAGAACGGUUAGAAAGUGAAGAUGAACAGCCUCUAAAUGCAAUGUGCUUCUUCGCUGAACUGAGCCAUGUGCUUCCAGUGUCUAAUGAAGUUCGCAAUUGUUUUGAUGCUAUCAUGAAGAAACUAGAACUUUCUCAGAAUGUGAAUUUGAUUGAUAAAGUGGAGGGUAUGGGGAAACAGAUACAUCAGCACGAAGAUGUUGUAAAGCAACUCAAAGAAGAACUGAAACAGGAGAAACUGAAGGCGAAGGAAGAAGCAGAAGACCUUACACAAGAAAUGGCUGAAUUAAGGUAUAAGAUGACAUGUUUGCUUGAUGAGGAACGCAAUCGCCGUGUGUGCAUAGAACAAGCAUCAUUACAGAGAAUAUCCGAGCUAGAAGCACAGAUCAAGAGAGAUGUAAAAAAGCCUGCUUCCAAUGAAAUGCUGCCUCUUCCUGGGUUAUGAAAAGUCUUGAGCUUUGAUGUUUACCUUUACACACAUUUCUGAGUCUCAUCCAUGGGUUUUCUGUUGAAACUGAGUGUGGAAAGUGCUCGAGUGAUUGAAAGACGGAUUGCAAGUUUGGAUGUUGAUUUGUAUAGAAAUCAAAUGGUAGGGUAGUCAGAAGAAAUCCAGAGACUUGGAAGAGGUUUGGAGACGCAAACAAAAGAAGUUUGGGUUAAGAGUUUAGCUUUAGAGAUUGAUGUUUUCUUUAUUCUGAGUGUACAUAAAAAUUGCUUGGAACAAACAUUAGAAAUAAAAGUCGUUCUAAGGUAAUACAUAAUUGCAUUUUCUUUGAUGUCUUAACAAGUCUCUAAAUAUUUACUCUGCAGCAAAUUGAAAAUUGAUCUCCAACCAAUUCUUCCAUACCUUAUGUUCU